AUGUCUCAUUCUGAUAAUACAGCAAUCCCCCAGUCGUACACAUCUGCGGGCUACAAGGACAUAUUGAUUAGCCAUGUCCCCGCCGACGCACCUACUGCGACCAAAGUAGUCAUCGUUACUCUCAACAGGCCCAAACGGCACAACGCGGUUAACGAGAAUAUCCUCACAGAGCUCGAAUCGGUCUUCAAUCUCUUUAACAGAGAUACGCGUGUACGGGCCAUUGUGCUUACCGGCGCGGGCAAGUCAUUCUGCGUCGGAAUGGAUCUCUCGGGUGGCCCGGAGGGGCUUUUGAAGAUCAAGGAGAACGAAAAGACAAUGAAGGAAUGGAAAGACCCAGGCGGCAGAGUUGCUCUGGCUAUUUCCAACUGCAUCAAACCAACAAUCGUAGCCGUCAACGGUGCUGCGGCAGGUUUUGGCCUAACCUCGAUCCUGUCAGCCACAAUCCGAGUGGCGUGGAAGGACGCAAAGCUCAGCAUGCCUUUCGCUCGUCGGGGAUUCACCAUGGAAUCCGUCAGUGCCUUUUACCUUCCCAAGCUUGUUGGCCUCGCAAGGGCGAUGCAUAUGACGGCGACGGGCAACACGUAUGCUGCGUCGGACCCUAUGGUCAGCGGCCUCUUCUCGAAUAACCUCCCGACCCCGGAAGCCACACUCAAGUACGCGGUAGACACGGCGGUUGAUAUGGCGGAGAACACAUCCCUCAUGAGCACCAAGUUAAUGAGGGACCUGAUGCUUUACUGCCCCGACACACCUGAGGAAACUCAUUUGCUGGACUCGAGGACCUUCAUUGCUUCAGCGGGGUCACCGGACAAUGUCGAGGGUCUAAGGUCGUUCAUGGAGAAGAGAAAGCCGGAGUUUGCUGGAGACAUCGAUAGAUCUGAGUUUCCAUUCUGGCCGUGGUGGAAACCUGGAGCCAAGGAGGCGAUUCCAGGGUUGAAAGCUAAACUCUGA